AUGACAGACUCACCUACUUCUAUAUGUCUGGUGGAUAACACUAUUCCCUCGCAACCCGCAACAAGCAGGGAUUCUUCACGCCGACCCUCUACCCACGGACAUCGCAGUAGCCUAUCGAAGCAUAUCAGCCGGGCAUCUGUAUCAGGACAGCUUGCAAAGCGCAAAUAUGCUAAAUGGCAACCCGAUAGACUGGGGGUUCCAACAGACUCCGACGCAUCACCGAGUAGAGAGUCAUCGCGAGUGAGGGGAUCGAUCUCAGCAGAGAGCUCGGCAGGUCCUCAUAAUGAAAGACCGGAUAACACCACUGAAAUAACUCGCGUUGAUACGGUGGACUUUGCUCCAUCCCAAGUUCAGAGCCAUACAAACGAGACCCUUCAAUCUCAACCUGCCGAUUCGGACGCCAAUACAAAAUCCAUGACAGAACUGGAUAUCUUAUACGAGAAUCAGCGUGGCUCUUUCUUCUUUGGAGUACCGCUGUACUCUCAUAGCUCACUGCUCAACUUCGAUCCUGGCGCCUGGAUGACACAUGAUAACCGUGUCAGUCCAGUUAAUAUAACCAAUGCCCAAUUGCCUGAUCCCAGCUGGGAGUGGGCGUGGAGGACUUGGUACGUUGACAUGUCAAGUGAUGUUGAUGAGCAAGGAUGGGAAUACUCCUUCUCUUUCAGCUCUUCACAGUGGCAUGGCACGCAUCCAUGGUUUCACUCCUUUGCGCAUAUGUUGACGGAGGAUUACUUUACCAUCCAUUCUUCCAAGACCAAAUCUCGAGAACAAAGCAUCGCGGGUCUGUCGAAAGUCGAGUCAGGGUUUCUGAGUCGUGCUACCACGACAUUCAACGGAGAGACGCCUCUGGAGGAGAUUGCGGAUAUUCCAUCUCUCAUGCAUGCGCUAAAAAUGGCCUCGAUUGAUCGUGAGAGGCUUGAUGCGCUGAAGACAUUUGUACAAGAUGGUGGUGAGGAACUUUAUUAUCUGAACGACAAGAUCCCAGAAAUCAUGGCGUCUUUCCUAUUUCAAGCAUCCCGCUGGCAACUCGUGACGUAUCUUACCAUCGUCAUACAAAAGCUCACUCAUACUCUGGAGAAAUCAGAUAAUGAUGACCCAGACAAACUAAAUCGCAAGAAAGAUAACUUAAUUCGGGCAAUGGAGAAUGCCAGGCAGCAUGUCACUGGCCCAGAUAUGUUUACUGAUAUCCACAACGGCUCCGCAGCUGAUCUACUUGACUUGACACCUGUUUCUCGACACGACACUUUGUUGUCCAAGCGUGCACAAGCAUCUGAUAAGCCUCUUCAGGUUAUUGAACAGCAGGAAAUCAAGGGUAUCCCCAAGGCUGCUGAAAUCGGCCGGGAAGGACAUAUCUAUUGA